ACCCCAGUUUCCCCGCCGCACUUUCCUCCCUUACUGGUGUCAACAACGUCAAUACAACCCAGAUCGUUACAAGUAAACCGCAAUCAUGUCGCGGAGAUACGACUCCAGGACGACUAUCUUCUCCCCCGAAGGUCGCCUCUACCAGGUCGAAUAUGCUCUGGAAGCCAUCUCUCACGCUGGAACGGCGCUUGGUAUCUUAGCUCAGGAUGGCAUUGUACUUGCCGCAGAGAGAAAGGUGACCAGCAAGUUGUUGGAGCAGGAUACAUCGGCCGAGAAGCUGUACAUCUUGAACGACAACAUGAUUUGUGCCGUAGCAGGAAUGACGGCAGACGCCAACAUCCUCAUCAACUAUGCCCGCCAAGCUGCUCAGCGCUACCUCCUCACCUACAACGAAGACAUUCCUUGUGAGCAGCUCGUCCGCCGCUUAUGCGAUCUCAAGCAAGGUUACACGCAACAUGGAGGUCUCCGGCCGUUCGGUGUAUCCUUCAUCUACGCAGGAUGGGAUCCCCAGCGACAGUUCCAGCUCUACCAGAGCAACCCCAGUGGCAACUAUGGUGGCUGGAAGGCAACUAGUGUCGGCGCAAACAAUGCGUCCGCACAGAGCUUGUUGAAGCAGGAUUACAAGGAGGAAUGCGAUCUCAAGGAGGCAUGCGGACUGGCAGUCAAGGUGCUUAGCAAGACGAUGGACUCGACCAAGCUAAGCAGCGAGAAGAUUGAAUUUGCAACAGUAGGAAAGACCAAGACUGGCAAGAUUUACCACCACCUUUGGGGUGCGGAUGAGAUCGAUGCCCUGCUCAAGGAGCACGGCCUGGCCAAGGCUGAGGACACUGAAAUGUCCGAGUCAUGAGGAAUACGACCAAUGCACGAUACGAACAAGCGCAAUGAAAAGGCCUCUGCAUGAUAGAACGAGGCUUGUAGUAUAUCAUAUAAAGUGAGAGCUUUGUCGCACAUGAUAGCCAAUCUCACUUUGUCAUGACCUUUCUCGUUCCGUGUAUUGCCUCGUUCUUUC